AUGGGUGAGGCAGCUCCAUCCUCAGGAUUGAGCGUCCAAAAGGCUUCAUCUACAGGCUUGAGCCAAACACAUCCGCCCAAGAAAGAUGGCUGGCCGGAGGUUCCUGCUUUCGCAGAGCCAUCACCCUUUCUGAGAUCUGCAGCCUUGGCAAUCGGUGCUGAAAAGAGAAGGUGCCUGCGAGAGGGCUACGUAUCGGAAGGUCCCAGCGAGUCUUCUGUCAACAUCGAAGAUACUGAGGACGAAAAUUUGCAGUCGGCCUUGCCGGGGCUCGAGCGCUUCUAUGAGACCAUGGCCGCCAAGGCGCAGAUCAAGCCAGGGGCGGGUUCCUCCUCCAGCUGGGUCCUGUCCAUGGCCCGGAGCUACCGCCGCUUGUCCAAGGAGAAGCGGAGGCGCGGUCGCUUGAAGGAGCUUCUGCAGCCUGCAGUCAACGCAGGUGUCCUGCGCAGCGCCUCCGGUGGAAGCCUGGUCUGCCCAGGUGAGCACUUGGGCUGGUCUUCGAACACAGACGACAGCGGCUACGAGGCUGGCUACGAGACAGACGCUGACGAGUCAGAGCUGAGUGAAUGGGAGGGCAGUGUUCGGCAAGGGCACAAGCGCAAGCUGGAAGCGCUGGUGAACUUGACGAAGCAGAUGACUUUUGCUACGGAGCUACCCGGGGGGCAGACGCAUGAGGAGACACUGCCAUUCGGUGAGUCCGCACGGCAACCACCUCCCAAGACUCUGCGAGCACUGGGUACGAGACCAGUGGGGCUGCGGCUGUCGCUCCCAAACGGCUCUGGUUCAGACACCCUGCAGGCCAGGUCUUGCCAGGCACAGCCAGAAGCGAAGAGCGUGCCUCUGGACGGCCCACCUGGUCCGAGCUUGCCAGCGCUGCCGGCGCCAGUGCAAGCGACGGCGGGCCUCGGUGUCCCUGUCUCGGGCGUUGCAGGGCUCGCCGCACCCAGGGAUCCGACUGUGGUGUGGCAAGAGCGACCCCCAAUCUCUCUCUCCAACAUGAGCUAUGUCUACGUCGAUGACGAGCGCAAGCCGCUCAACACGCUUGGCAUCCAAUGGAAGGCACUGCCCGAAGGGGACAACGCGGCCAUGGAGGUUGGAUGA